UCUUUCCCAGACUCCCAAAAAUUCUCAACCACUUCGCUGUUCGAUAAUUACCAUCGAUAAUCGAGAUCGCUCGACAAGAAGGGAACUCAACAACGAUUCGUACCCUGAGCGUUCCUUUCGGGAACCUAACGUGUAUCAGUGAACCGCGAGAAUCCGAGAUUUGUGCGAAACGUUUCGAGAAAAGUAGGUCGUGGUUCUCCCACGGAAAACCGAUCCCCACCGAAGUUCGUCCCGUCGUCCAGGAGUCCGUCAGUGGUGCAUCGUACGCGUCUUCGAGAAGAUACAACUUGCUCUCGAGACACCUCGAGAGCGAACAUCUGACACCCCGUGAUUGACAGGUGGAAGUCGAAAGGGAAGCUGAUAGAGAAGAGGAAGCCUGUGAUAAAGAAUGCCCGGCGCCGGUGGUCAACCACCGCAGAGGACCACCUUUAGGCCGCCUUGGGUCAAAGAUGGUCCUACACCUUUACCAAUGCCCAGUGCACCCUGGACUCUCAACUCCAGGAGAGACUCGAAACCCCAAGUCGAGGACGCUCCUGCGUUUACAAAAGUUACUCUCAAAAGUGUACCGAAAGUAGAAGCGAAGCCCGCGGCGGAAGCACAGCCACGUAAACAGAGCAAGAUCACGAUAAUCCCGGCGCAGCCGAAAAGCGAGAAGAAUACGAGCAGUCAGCCGGCACCGACGAAGCUCCGCGAGAAUGGACGACAAGAGCCAAAUUCGAGGCCACAGCUCGAACGACAGGUUCGAAUCGAGAGGUCUCGAUCUCGAGGUGACACAAUACCUCUCUCCAAGAGUGAGAGCACCACAGGCGCGCCGACAUUAUCGAAAAGCUCUUCGAGGGCAGCGAUCCCGCCACCGCCACCUCCGAGACCGCCGCCACCGCCCCCGGGAAGAACGAUUCUGAAGGAUCUUCCGCCGUUGAACGUCAACCAGCAACAGAAACUGGAGAUGUUGAAGCAAAGGCCACGGAAACGCCCCGACUGGGCGAGCAUGAUGAAGGAAGUCGAGAGCGGAAAGAGAUUGAGGCACGUGAAAUGCAACGAUAGGAGCGCGCCGUUGAUCGAGCGGGUGAACAAGGUUACAGCUGAUCCAGCAGGGAAGGCACACUUUGUGUUCGAAUCUGAAAAGUCGAACAUGCAUAACCAAUUGCUGCAGCAGAUUCAACAGGGUGUAUCGUUAAAGAAAGUGCAGACUAACGAUCGGUCGAAACCGAUGCUGCAAGGUCUCAGGAAGUUCAGAAGGCAACUAACGAUAGAGGAACAAAUGCAAAAAGCUGAUGAACCUACCGAUGAGUCUGUCUCAGACGAAAUGGACGAUAUCGAUGCCGUAAGGGAUGAUUUGCAGAGUACCAAGCAAAUGCUUGCUCUUGAACUUAGAAAUAAGGAAGCUUUAGAGAGAGAUAAUAAGAGAUUACAAGCGAGAAUUUUAAAUCUGGAAGCUGAGGUCGAACGCGCGAAGUCGCAGAAGAGCGUGCAAGAGCAAAGAAAGUUUGACGAGAAGAUAACGGAAUCUUUGAAGAAGGAGGCUGAACAUGCUAGGAAGGACGCGGAGAAGUUUGAGAAGGAAUAUAUUUCCGCCACAGAGGAGAGGGACAGAUACAAGAAUGAAUUGGAAGAGGUGAAGAGGAUGUAUGCUACCUUGGAGAGACGCAUGAAAGCUGGAAUGGCACUUGCUGGUUGCCCAAGUGCAAAAGAUGUAGCAAAAAUUGCAUCCCAGAAAAGUGUAGAUAAGAGAGAACCUAGCGAGAGUGAAGAAGAGGAAGAGGAGGAAGAAGAAAGCUCAGAGGAAGAAGAUGAAGGUCCAAAAGCAGAGAAAAGAUUGCAGAGGGAAAUCAAACUUUUAACAACCAAAAUAAGAAAUUUCAAGGAUAAAGCAACUAAUGCCAGAAAAGAAAGGCAUGCGCUGAAAGAACAGAUCAAACAGCAGCAGAAAUUAUUAAAAGAUGAAAAGAAGAAGUACAAACAUCUUCAGAAAGAAGUUGACAAGAUGGCCAAAUUAAUGUCGGAAAGUGAAGAGGAUGAAAAGGAAGAGGAAGAAGAAGAAGAGACAGAAUCAGAAGAAUCUGAAUCUGAGGAAUCUGAAGAAGAAGAGGAAACCGAAACAGAAGAUGAAGAUGAAUCUUUGGAUGGUCAAAGAGACAGUUUACAGAAACAAGCUAAGAGACAUGAAGGACGUUUGGCUGCAUUGAAGAAGGGUAACUAUUUGCUUAAGGCACAGGUUGAUAGACUGAAAGAUGAUUUAGUGAAGCAGCGAGAGGAGAGUCUCUCUCUCCAAGAAGAUCUUGACUCUGUGUUAGCUGAAUUAGGUUAAGUUAAUGUAAAAACGGAUUCAGAAUUAUUAUGGACAAUUGUAUACAUACACAUAUAAGUAUUAAAUAUGAAAAAUAUAGAAAAUGUUAUAUCUGAAAACUUGAA